GCCGGGCCAUGCCGCUGGUGCGCUAUCGGAAGGUCGUGAUCCUGGGAUACCGCUCUGUGGGUGAGGAAGUGGUCCAGAUCGAGGAAGAGAUGGGUACCACCCGGGGAGGAGAGGGGGGCACGUGGCCGGGGGAGGGGUGGGUGCUCGGGAGGUGGCAAGGAUUGGGGGGGUCUCCUUGCGCAGCGGGGCGGGGAGAUUGCACGAGGGUCUGGCCGCGGAGGCUUGGAACAAUCGAAGGGCGCGUGGGGAAGGGCGGGCAGGAUCACGAGUGGGUGCUAAGAAGGGGUCGCGCAGGAUGGGGGUCCCGGGGGGGGGGCUGGUCUGGAAGCAUGCUAUGGGUGGGGUGGGGUGGGGGGUGGCCGGAAAGCGGGGAAGGAUGAGGAAGCGGGUCUGGUGCGUGUGGCCAGAACGCCGCACGUGGUGCGCCCGGAGCAGCCCUUGCCAUCCGGAGCGCGGGUGGGGAAGGCGGCGAGGAUUGGGAGCAGCUGGGAUAAAUGACUUUUUGAUAUAUCUGGGGAGGCUUUGGUUUUAGAGGGAUGCGAGAGGACCGGGGAGGGGGAUCGGCAUCUCCAGGUGAGAAAGCGGAGAGGCGCUUCUGCGCCUUUCUAGCAGGAGGUGCGCGCGUGGGAGGGAGGAUUUCGGCAGGUGUGUCCGCGCCAGGAACACCUGCCCGAGAUUCCCUCCUUUCUCUACAGCUCUCUCUUAAAGGGGGUGGAGGGGGGAGCCCCGCCCUGGUCUAAGACUAGUCAGGUAGGUCUGAUUAUAUGGGCGACUUGGCUGGGGGUCUUCGGAAAUGUAGGUAGGGGGUGAUUUGGGAAAUAAGAAUAGUAACACCACCUGCACCCUGAUCUUCAUGCUUAAAAUAUCGGGAAGGGGCAGGCACCAAAAUCGUAGAACUUGAAUAUUGACAGGAUCAGGCCAAACGGAAAACGGGGCAGUGUGGGGAUUGGUGCCAUUUGAUUCUCUGAGCAGCCGGUGUUUGGGGAUGGGCUGCUCUGCUCUCUAUGUUGUGGGUUUCCUGUCUGACAGCUUCCUGGGCUUGAAGUUCGUACAUCCUGAGAUAGAUACAUUUCUCCCUUUGCUGGUUGCACAGAAUAGUUGUUGCAAAGUGCCAUAAAUCUCUGCCAAGUGUGUGGGGGAGGGGGGAAAUCGUGUGUGUGUGUGUGUGUGUGUGUGUGUGUGUGUGUUUUCAGGGGAAAUCACAAUGCUAUUAUAAGCCCCCUGCCCCAAACUUCAAAUCUUAGCAUGUCCUAUUAAAUACUUGUUUAGGUAUAAGUUGCUGGGGGGAUUUGUGCAGAUCUGCAGGGAUGGAGUUAAAAUUCUGCAUGCAUUUGCAUCCAAAAGUAACACCUCCCCCAUUUUUUCCUAGUCACCUAUUUAUAGUGAACUGGAGCCCUCCUUGCCUGUCCAGAAAAGCUUUAAGCGGCUCCUGAGUCCAGAAAACUUGUAGCUUCUGGACAGCUUAUUUCCUGACCUUUCCUAGUUUCUCCUUGGGGAGUUAUUUGCACAUGCACAUUUCCCUGCUCAUCUGACCUCUUCCCUGAACACAAAUGCAAGAGGUCACUUGGGGUCUGUUUUCUAUUAAUCCACAUGCAGUGGGAGGAAAUGACCAGAGGUCAGAGGUCAUAAUGGGAGGCUGGGUGGUGAAAUGGCUUGUUUUCUUAUAUUAAGUCUUCAGCAGCCUUUUCUUUCUUGGGUUGGGUGGGUAAUAUAAUCUCGACGUGCCUGUGCGUGAGAAUUUGCUUUUAAGGCUAGGGGUCCUUUCUGCGACGGAAGGGGUUAAUACAUUUCUAGUUGGCGUGGACCCUGUGUGCGUAAUGUUUAGGUUGUUGAUCCUCCUACAACCAUCUGUGCCUUGUUUGAACAGGUCAAGCUGUAGCAAGAGUUCUGCUUUGCUGGUGUGGGGCUGUUGCAAAACAAAAUGUUCCAUGUUUGGUAUGGGUAAAUGCAGCCAUAUUUAAUUGCACACCUCUGCUCUCUUGCAGCGUUGAACAUCAGUGCCUUGGGACUGUCUUGUUGCUUGCGCAUGCAAACAAAUGGUGAUUUAGGGGAUUGUCCGGCCAUGUCAUUCCCCUGAAUGAGGUUAAGAUAAUGACUUCACAUUUCAAUUUACUUUUGUUGCCCCUUUUUUCUGUGUUUAGAGCCCAUAUUAAAAAGAAUAAAGAGCCUUUCUUUGCUUCACAGAUAAUUUAGAGAUGUCAGAAGGCUCUAGUAAGUUGCACUGGAAGGACCCUGGGUGUCAGGUUGCCAAUGUUCCUAAACAUUCAAGGAAUUUGAAAUAUUUCUUUCAACACAGCAAGGAGAAUUCUAAGAAUCCGUACUGCCAUCUUCCCAACCUAGUGCCCUCUAGAUGUUUUGGACUACAACUCCCAUUAGUGGGAACCAGCAGAGCCAUGUGAGCUGGGGUUGAUGUGAGUUGUAGUCUGAGGACACAAGGUUGGGGGCGGCUGUUCUAGUGCAUUAGACUCAGAUCUAAGGCACCCGGCUAAGCUAGUCUGCAGUAGAGAAUCGCAACAGAGCAGCAUCUUUAAACUAGCUUGUUGUUGUUUAGUCGUUUAGUCGUGUCCGACUCUUCGUGACCCCAUGGACCAGAGCACGCCAGGCACUCCUGUCUUCCACUGCCUCCUGCAGUUUGGCCAAACUCAUGCUGGUAGCUUCGAGAACACUAUCCAACCAUCUCAUCCUCUGUCGUCCCCUUCUCCUUGUGCCUUCCAUCUUUCCCAACAUCAGGGUCUUUUCCAGGGAAUCUUCUCUUCUCAUGAGGUGGCCAAAGUAUUGGAGCCUCAGCUUCAGGAUCUGUCCUUCCAGUGAGCACUCAGGGCUGAUUUCCUUCAGAAUGGAGAGGUUUGAUCUUCUUGCAGUCCAUGGGACUCUCAAGAGUCUCCUCCAGCACCAUAAUUCAAAAGCAUCAAUUCUUCGGCAAUCAGCCUUCUUUAUGGUCCAGCUCUCACUUCCAUACAUCACUACUUGGAAAACCAUAGCUUUAACUAUACGGACCUUUGUUAAACUAGCUACAUACUGUAUAAAUCCCUUCCCUUGUGGCUGAACUAAAAAGGAUGCUGACUCAGCUACAAGAUCUUGGAGGAGUGUGGGAGGGCAAGAGUUAACAACAAGAUGUACAGGCUAAACAGAUUCAUAAAUUGUUCUGUGCACACUUAUGUGCAAAGAUGUGAACGUGAGCCCAGAUCCUUUCAUGUGGCAAGUGCGGGAGCAAUAUGCUAAAUUUAACUGCUGUUAAUACACCCCAGAGCUGCAUCAUGGAGACAAAUCUUUGCAGAUCUUCUUGUUUUCUUCUGGCGUUUCCUCCAUGGUCCACCAGGUGGGAUGCAACAUGUUUGGCUAGUUCACUAAAUCCUUACGUACUUCGGCGCAGCCCUUUCUUUUGUCACCAAGAAGAAGAAAGAGCAAAGACCUCGUCCUCUUGCCCAUCGUUCUGCCCGGACACUGAGGUCCAGCGCCGAGGGCCUCCUGGCGGUUCCCUCGCUGCGAGAAGCCAAGUUACAGGGAACCAGGCAGAGGGCCUUCUCGGUAGUGGCGCCCGCCCUGUGGAACGCCCUCCCACCAGAUGUCAAAGAGAAAAAUAAUUACCAAACUUUUAGAAGGCAUCUGAAGGCAGCCCUGUUUAGGGAAGCUUUUAAUGUUUAAUAGGUUAUUGUAUUUUAAUAUUCUGUUGGAAGCCGCCCAGAGUGGCUGGGGAAACAGAGCCAGAUGGGUGGGGUAUAAAUAAACUAUAAUUAUUAUUAUUAUUAUUAUUAUUAUUAUUAUUGUUUCCCCACUUCUGCUCAUCCCAUCCUGUGCUCCAGAUGACCUCUUGGGCUUGUGGGCUUCCCCCAAGGCAUGAGAUGAUGCUCUGCGUGUACCAGCAGAUGUGUAAGCUGCUGGCUCUUCUGUUUUCCUCCAGACUACUUGGCAACACACAAACAGCCUUGGGGAACCAGCUUUGUAGCCUAAUUAGGCGCAACAUUGCAGCCCGUGAGCCAGUUUCCUUGCAUUUAGAGACGUGUGUGUGUUGCCAAACUCAAUUUAUGGUGAGGAGGAGCCCAUAGCUGAUACAUGGCUAUCCAAAUAUUGAUCCGCAAUACUGAAUGCUGUAUUUGCUUGAUGGCGUUAAAUAAAACAACAUUGCCUGAACUGACCCCAAAACAUUGACUUACAAAUUGGUACUGGCUAAAAGCUGCUGACAUAUUGAUUGCUUUUCACUGUACAGGGGGAAAAAAAACCCUUUCUCAUCUCAGUUGGAUUAAUACUGCAGGAUUUGAGACAUGUUACAUAUAUCUAAGACUGUAGUCCUGUGCUCAUUUAUCUGAAAGUAAUGGGACUUACUUCUGCAAAAGCUUAUAUACAUUGAGCUAUAAAUUUAGUAGAUGAAUUUGUUUAAGAGGGAAUCAACAAGAUGAUUGAUAUUAAGCAAUGUAAAGGUAAAGGGACCCCUGACCAUUAGGUCCGGUCGUGGCCGACUCUGGGGUUGCGGCGCUCACCUCGCUUUAUUGGCCGAGGGAGCCAGCGUACAGCUUCCGGGUCAUGUGGCCAGCAUGACUAAGCCGCUUCUGGCGAACCAGAGCAGCGCACGGAAACACCGUUUACCUUCCCGCCGGAGCGGUACCUAUUUAUCUACUUGCACUUUGACGUGCUUUUGAACUGCUAGGUUGGCAGAAACUGGGACAGAGCAAUGGGAGCUCACCCCGUUGCGGGGAUUCGAACCGCCGACCUUCUGAUCGGCAAGUCCUAGGCUCUGUGGUUUAACCCACAGCGCCACUUGCGUCCCAAUUAAGCAAUGAGUAUGUUUUAAAUUUCUUCACUGAAUAACCGAGUGAUGUAAUCAAUUUGUUAAAAUUAAAAAUUAAAAGCAUGAAGUAGCACCACUUAGGAUUAACCAUUGAGAGUUUUAUGGCGCCUUAAACACAAGGGGUUGUUGUAUCCAACAGUGCACAAAGUUAAAGAGAGUUAGCAUUGAUUUUCUGCUAUCAGGUCUUUUUGUGUAAGAAAGUCCACAAGUGGACUGGUUGUAUCUGUAUGUACAAUUUGUAAAGGAUAAGAAAAAACAGGGAAGUUUCACAACACUCUUAUUGAAUGUGUGAAGUUUAUAAUUGGCUGGCAGGUAUUUAGAAUACAUGCGGCGUGCCCAUCUAUACACAUGCCCCAGUUUGAAGAAAAUUGUAAACAGAGGGUUCCAGAAGGCAUGAAAUGUAAGAGCUACAAUUUGUGACAAGUAUAUUCAAAGAUAAAGUGUUUCCCCCUAAAAGCCCUCCACUCCGCAAAUUCACAUCAGAUCUUCAAAUCAACUGAAUGUGUUAGUGUUUUCUGUAUAUCAAAUAGUACCAUGAAGACAACUUUCAUUAUUUACUCCCCCCAGUUGAAGAUCUGUCACCAGGCUAAAAAUUCACAUUUGCAAUUUUUUAGGUUUUCGUGAAACAAUUCCCCCUGCCUCUUUUGAGUUCCUCCAGAUUAUUCUAGAGCUCUCAACCAUUUGUCCAUUGCCCACCUUGAGUUAUCGCAGGGACGAUAGUGGUUUAAAACUAAAUUACUUUGCUCUAUCACUGUGUUUCACCUCACCCCAGUACUUAAGCAUGGGAAUUUCCUUGACAGGUGGGGUGAUCUUAAACUGGGAAUCAGUGUAAUUUGGGGGGGACCUGCUGGAGGUGUUUGUUUUCUUCUGAAUGCUGAGUUUAUUGGCUGCUGAGAUCCAAAGAGCACACCUGAGGCAAGACUUUCUUUUCUCAUCUUUCCUCUUCAGGUAAAACAUCCCUUGCACACCAGUUCAUUGAUGGGGAGUUUCUGGAGUGUUACGAUCCUACAGUGGAAAGCAGUAAGUGUUGUGGUUAGAUCUUUUCUGGGUAUAUCUGGACUCUUGUUUGUUAUAGUCAAGCAGUGAGCAAGAUAGAGGGAAGUUUUGAUCAUGUUUUCUUUGACCCCUGGGCAGAGCAAUAGAGCCCUAUUUCUGAACCAAGCAAAGCAAAAACAGACUGUUUUGGGUUUCAGGUGAUGCUAAAAGUGAAAUAGCUCUUGUGCGUAGCUGGGAUGUUGUGUGGAAAGCUCAAGUGUUUUCUCCCCAGUGAUAAACGGAUUCAGUAGCAUCUCUCCUCACUUCCUGCCAGGCCGCAAACCCUCCCUCAUCGCCAGAGUCCUUUCCUGUUUUCGAAAGGGGCUGCCACUCACACCCACUUCAUACAGCGGAACAUUUUUUAGGUUAUCUGAAGGCCAAUUUCCCCCAUAAAUCUGCCUUGUCCACUUCCGCUUUGCCCUGUGUGGUGAUCACUCCUGGGGAAUUACUUUUUUUUUUUGGGCGGGGGGAGAUUUAUCUACCCAAAACAUUUCCCUGAGUUGGUAUGGUGUCAGAUGUUUUUAGCGAUAAUUGUCUGUUGGGGUUUGUGCAUGUAUUGGAGCUUGCCACUUUUGUUCCUUUGUAACUGCCUGGGCUUGGUAGCUGACAAUUAUUAUUUCUACGAGCCGGUGGGAGAAUAGUAAAUGUGUCCCUGAGCACAUACAGAAUGCCUUUCCAUUCCUACUGAGCAAAUGCACCUCCUGCGAAUUCUGGUGCUACCCUGCAAAUAAUCAGGUGAAUCUAACUCUGCAUGGGAUCUGGAUAUAAGCUGUCACGACACACACAGAGAGCAUCUUUGCCCGUGGACAGGCUGUUUUGUAGAACCGCUUUGCCUGCUUCUACUAAGCAGUGACUGGAGCCAAAAGUUUCAGGGGUCCUUUUGCAGCCAGCCUCUUCGGCAGCUGCUUUGGGGAAAGCUAAUUUACUCCAGGCAGAUGCUCCAAAAAACAUAAUGGCUAUGAUCAAAACAAUCCAUAGCUGCACCUGGGCUUUUGUGGCUGUUCAUUUCUGCUUUAGCUGUGCAACAUACGCACACAGUCUCUCCUUGCCAAUUUACUCUUUAAAUCCAGAGUGCGGCAGCUAGACUGAUGACUGGGAGUGGCUGCUGUGAACAUAUAACACUGGCCUUGAAAGACCUACACUGGCUCCCAGUAUGUUUCCCAGCACAAUUCAAAGUGUUGGUGCUGACCUUUAAAGCCCUAAACGGCCAAGUUACAGGGAACCAGACAGAAGGCCUUCUCGGUAGUGGCACCCGCCCUGUGGAACGCCCUCCCACCAGAUGUCAAAGAGAAAAAUAACUACCAAACUUUUAGAAGACAUCUGAAGGCAGCCCUGUUUAGGGAAGCUUUUAAUGUUUAAUAUGUUAUUGUAUUUUAGUGUUUUGUUGGAAGCCGCCCAGAGUGGCUGGGGAAACCCAGCCAGAUGGGUGGGGUAUAAAUAAAUUAUUAUUAUUAUUAUAUUAUCUCCCUUGUGGGUCUCCCCCACACCCCAGUUUUUUUUAAAACACUUUCACGACGUGCAGAAAAGCCAUAACAGACGAGCCCUGCAUGUGCACAUAGCAAUAUUUUCAAGGCCUCUGCUCCUUGAGAGUUUUCCCAAUAUCUGUUUUGCGAGAAGACGCCGCAAAGCAAUCGCUUUGCUGUUGCUUCCUCAGCUCAGGUGAAACAUCAUUGGCUUGACAGCCAGGCAGUGAUGGGGACACAAGGGACAGAUUAUAGUGGCUGGCCGAGGACUAAACUGGCAGGGGGAGAAAGGGGGGAUAAAAAUAGCUUGAGCACAGAACUUUGGGGUGGAGCCAAGGAUGUGGCUUCGUUUGGGGAGGGGUGCAGCAGGCAUAGAGCAACGUUGCUGUAAAUUGCCUUCUUCCCUCCUUCCCACUUUAGCUUACAACAAAAUGUUGAUGCUGGGAAAGGAUGAAUUCCAUCUGCAACUAGUGGACACUGCCGGGCAGGUAAGAGAGGUUGUCCUUGUUUGUCUCUUGAUAUUUCACUGCUCUCCCACAGCACUGUGGCUUAUGGGAUUAAUUGCUUGCUUUGACAUACGGUCCCGAAAGGCCCAUAGUGCAGGGAGGUAUCUCGAGGAAAUUCAUCUGAACUUUGCCAGAGAUCCAUUAUCUGGGCAGGAGUCACUUCCUGAAGCAUGGUCACUGCUGCCUCACUAGAUGAAGUUACUGACACAGGUUCCACACACAUGGGCAUUCAUGGGCUUCGAAAUGGGCCAGUUGCUGAACUUGGUUGUCUUCAGAUUCAUGAAACGUAUCGAAAUCAAAGAGCCUCUUCCUCUCUGUUUUGUUUCUGUCCAGGAUGAAUACACGAUCUUGCCUCACUCAUUUACCAUUGGCAUUCAUGGCUACGUACUGGUCUAUUCCGUUACAUCUCUCAAGAGGUAAGAAGGCCAAGAGUUUGGUGUGUGGUUGGAGGCUGCUGUGAGCUGGUUGGUUGGUUGACCUUAGGGCUGGGCGAUAUCUGGUUGGUUGACCUUAGGGCUGGUCGAUAUCUGGUUGGUUGACCUUAGGGCUGGGCGAUAUCUGGUUUUCAGUACAGUGGUACCUCGGGUUACAUACGCUUCAGGUUACAUACGCUUCAGGUUACAGACUCCGCUAACCCAGAAAUAGUACCUCGGGUUAAGAACUUUGCUUCAGGAUGAGAACAGAAAUUGUGUUCGGGCGGCCCAGCGGCAGCUGGAGGCCCCAUUAGCUAAAGUGGUGCUUCAGGUUAAGAACAGUUUCAGGUUAAGAACGGACCUCCAGAACGAAUUAAGUUCGUAACCCGAGGUACCACUGUAUACCCGUAUAUCACAAUAUUGGCUGGUUUCACGGUUUCCCCCACAUUGUGGUUUUUGCAUAGUGCAUGCACACACACAUAUAUCAUGAUUCACAAUACAGUCAUACCUUGGAAGUCAAACGUAAUCCGUUCGACUUCCAAAACAUUCGGAAGCCGAAGUGCGGCUUCUGAUUGGCUUCAGGAAGCUCCUGCAGCCAAUCGGAAGCCGCAGAAGCCCCGUCAGACGUUCGGCUUCCAAAGAACAUUCACAAACCGCAACACUCGCUUCUGGGUUUGCGGUGUUUGGGAGCGAAAACGUUUGACUUGCAAGGCGUUCGGGAUCCAGGGUGCGACUGUAUGUCGCCUGGUCAAAAAUUAUGAAACCAGUUUCAUGCUAUGGACUUAAAACCAGUUUUGGAUGAUAUAUCAAUAUAUCACCCAGCCCUAGUUGAUGGUACAGAGCCUUGUUGCCUUGCAAAUCUACUCAAAUGAUUUGAGAAAGUCCUGUAAUAGCCUUAGUUUUUCUCUUCCCAAUUCCAGUUUUCCACGUUUCCAUAACCCUUUCCAAAUGCUCCACAACUGAUGGCCUCUGUUCUUUUUCUGUUCUAAAUGGAACCAUUCAGUUUAAUGCUAUUUUUUCACAUAUUCCAGUCAAUUGUUGGAGCUAAGCACUUGAACGCGGGACAAGAUCAGCCAUGCUGAGCUUUCUACUUCCAUGCAAAUCAGUAGGACCACAUUCAGAACUACAGUUCCUAGAGUGGUUUCAUCAUAGUCAAUCCUUCUUCACAGGCAACUUUGGGAAUUGUAGCUCUGUGAAAGGAAAGGGGUACCAUAGUGCUUUAAAUGCCUGUCGUGAAUAUGGUCUGUAUAGCUUAACCUGAGGUCUUGUGUUCGAGAAGUGACGUCCUAUCAUUCUUCCUCUUUUCUCUCUCCUCAGUUUUCAAGUGGUAAAGUCUUUACACAGCAAGUUAUAUGAAAGCAGAGGGAAGACAAGGUAAAUAUUAAUUUGGUGGCGUGCGGGCAAGAAAGAGCACAAUUGGAAAGAAUUCUAGAAUGGAAGUACAGUGGUGCCCCGCAAGACGAAUGCCUCGCAAGACGGAAAACCCGCUAGACGAAAGGGUUUUCCGUUUUGGAGGUGCUUCGCAAAACGAAUUUCCUAUGGGCUUGCUUCGCAAGACGAAAAUGUCUUGCGAGUUCCUGCGGGGGUUUUCCCCCCCCCCUUUUCCCCAAGCCGCUAAGCCGCUUAUCAGCUGAUCCGCUAAGCCGCUUAACAGCUGAUCGCUAAGCCGCUUAUCAGCUGAUCCGCUAAGCCGCUUAACAGCUGAUCGCUAAGCCGCUUAUCAGCUGAUCCGCUAAGCCGCUUAACAGCUGAUCUGUUAAGCCCCUAAGCUGCUUAUCAGCUGAUCGGCUAAGCCGCUUAACAGCUGAUCCGUUAAGCCACUAAGCCGCUUAUCAGCUGAUCCGCUAAGCCGCUUAACAGCUGAUCGCUAAGCCGCUUAUCAGCUGAUCCGUUAAGCCGCUUAACAGCUGAUCGCUAAGCCGCUUAUCAGCUGAUCCGCUAAGCCCGCUAAGCCGCUAAUACUGUAGCGCUAAUCCGCUAAACCGCUAAUGGGCUUGCUUCGCAAGACGAAAAAACCCGCAAGACGAAGAGACUCGCGGAACGGAUUCUUUUCGUCUUGCAAGGCACCACUGUAAAUGCUCUUGCGAGCCUUCUUGCGAGGAAUCCUAUUCGGAAUAAGGAAUUUCCCUUAAAAAAGGGGAAACAUGUGUUUUUUUAUGGAAUGUUUGGGAGGAAAUAAGACGGUAAAUAACAAAUAACAAACUAAAUAUUGAUAUAUGUAAUUUUUAUUUCUUAAUUAUAUUUAGUGGUAGUAUGGUUGUAUUAUUUUUUGUAACAUAAAAUCAUUCAAUAAAAAAGAUAUUAUUUUUUUAAAAAGGGAAACGUUGACAGCUAUGAGGUGUGGGCAUGUGCUUGGCAUGUGCCACCAAAAGUCAGUCACAUAUGUAGGUCUGUGAGGGGUCUCCUAACAACUUUCAGCACCCUUCACAAACUACAGCUCCCAGAAAUCUUUGAGGGAAGACAUGGCUGUUUAAAGUGGUAUCGUAGCUCUUUUACUGCAUGGUGUGGGUGUUGUUAUAAUAAUAUGUGCUGUUUUUCUUGAAAUUAUUUCUAUGGUUUAAUAGAGUUUAUACAACCGUACCUUGGAAGUUGAACGGAAUCCAUUCCAGAAGUCCGUUUGACUUCCAAAACCAAAGCGCGGCUUCUGAUUGGCUGCAGGAAGCUCCUGCAGCCAAUUGGAAGCCCCGUCUGACAUUCGGGUUCCAAAGAACGUUCGCAAACCAGAACACUCAUUUCCGGGUUUGCGGCAUUCAGGAGCCAAAACGUCCGAGUUCCAAGGUGUUUGGGAUCGAAGGUAUGACUGUAUAUGUAUAUAGUUUUACUUCUGACCUUCUUUAAUUGUUUUUUAAUGCUUGCUUUUUCUUUCAGCCACCAGUCUGAUCAAAGUUCAGGGACUAUGGGAGUUGAGGUCCAAUCAUAGCUGUCAACUUUUCCCUUUUCUUGCGAGGAAUCCUAUUCAGAAUAAGGGAAUUUCCCUUUUUAAAAAAGGGAAACGUUGACAGCUAUGGGUCCAAUGGACGGUCACAGCUUCUCCACCUCUCCUCUAAGCCCAGGCUUUCCCCAGCUUGGGUCACCAGCUGUUUUUGGACUACAGUUCCCAUCAUCCCUGAACGCUCAUCCUUGCUAGCUAGGGAUGAUGGGAGUUGUAGUCCGAAAACAGCUGGCGACCCAAGUUUGGGAGACCCUGCUCUUAAACGACACACAGUGACAUGGUACAAAUUGUUUCACGGAACCAUAGAGUUGGAAGGGACCCCAAGUGGGUCAUUGGGUGCGACCCCCUGAAAUGCAGGAAUAAUUUCUGAUUGAGUUCUGCAAGGAAAGGAGCAGCUCCCAUCAGAAGUUCAUGUCCUUGCAAGAGAAGUGCCACAGUUCUAGUCUUGCCAGCUCCUAUGCAAGAGCAGCGUUUGAGGCAGGCGCUGGUAACAUACUGAACCCCUGGCUGUUGGAAGUGCUUUGGUGAGUGGCUUUGGGUUUGAAACCCUCUACUUUUCCUAAGAGUGUCCCUUUCUGUUUUGGCAGGAUGCCGGUAGUGCUUGUUGGCAAUAAGGCUGAUCUGUCUCUAGAAAGGUAAGCGCUUUGCCGUCUCUCGCCUGAGAACCAGGGUGGAUAAAAAUCAAUGAUUUUUUAAAAAUAAAAAUAAAAAAGCAGGGUUUUGCUUUUUUAAAAAUCUGAUUCUUUUUAUUUAAAUCAGAUUUUUAAAAUUUAAAUCGGAUUUUUAAAAUAAAAUGAUUUUGGAGGAAAAAUCUUUCUAAAGAUAGUUUUCUGUUUAAGUUUACAUUAUAGUCCAAAGGCUAUCCAUCAGGAUAUAAGGAUUUGUUUUGAGUUUUUCAUGUGUGCUAAAACUCACAUCAGUUAACAAAUAUGCUAUAAUGUUAUUGUCUUAACUUAACAAUCUUAAAUAAAUUGUUUAAAUUGUUAUUAAGGAAAUGAUUAUUUUUCUCCUUCCAAUAAAGUACAGCAGAAAAGUUGUCCAAAUAGAAACAAUAGUUUCAUAAUUGCCUGUCUUUGUAUUUCUAACAGUAUAACCAAAUCAGUGACUUUUGAUAUAACUGUAAAAACUGCUCUGAAAAUUUAUUAUUCCAAAAAUGAAACCUUCAUCUGGUUGUAAAUAUUAAGGUUAUACCAGCAAGAAUGAGUCUUUCUGUAAGAAAAUGAUUUAAAUCAGGUCUUACUGACUAGUGAUUUAAAUCAAGUCUUGCCGACUAGUGAUUUAAAUCGUGAUUUAAAUCAAUUUGAUUUAAAUCAAAGCCACCCUGCUGAGAACAUACAGCCCGAGCCUUAAGGAUGGGAUCUGUUUGCUUCAGUCUGUCUUUUUUCAAACACCGGGCAUAAAACCAGCCAUAUUGGGAUUGAGGAGGUUAAAUUUUUUUGUGGUUACAUUUUUGAUCUCUUAGAACAAAUGCUGUUCCUUUAUGUCUCUCACUAGGAUCACAUGCACCUUCCCUUAAUUGAAGAUCAUUUCUAUUAUCAUUCCUUGAUGAUGAUAAUAAUGGGAGGGUUGUUUUUUGGGGGGGUUGUUUUCAUGUAUUCUCUCACACUAGGUAUGCUUGCGCACGCCUUGCCACAGUAUAAAUGGUGCAUUGUGCGGAGCCGACCCCUAUCUUCUUGCUGGGCUCCAAUCUUGCCAUAUUCCAAACAUUCAUAACAUUCCAAAGUAGAAUUCUGCCUUGAAUAGGCCCCUGUUGUAAGCGCCAAAGGAAUCUGUUGGUUCCUGAUUCUAGGGAUCAGGGUCACGCGUUUCUGAAAUGUAAAACAUUUCUGCAUCAAAACGGGACUCUUAUGAUUGACAUAGGGGGAAAUCCAGCAUUUUGGUGGCUUUUUCCCCCCUGGAGGCUUCUAGUACUCGUGGAGGCAAUAAAAGUUUUCGAAACGCAUCAGUGUUAGUCAAAAGGUUUGACUGUAGAUGAGAACUUAGCAGGGAUGGGAGCAAGUUUAUUCUUUCGCCCUCUAAAAACAAAAUAAAGGUAAAGGGACCCCGACCAUUAGGUCCAGUCGCAGACGACUCUGGGGUUGUGGUGCUCAUCACGCUCUAUAGGCCAAGGAGGCCAGCAUUUGUCCAUAGCUUCCGGGUCAUGUGGCCAGCAUGACUAAGCCGCUUCUGGCGAACCAGAGCAGUGCACAGAAAUGCCGUUUACCUUCCCGCCAGAGCGGUACCUAUUUAUCUACUUGCACUUUGAGGUGCUUUCGAACUGCUAGGUUGGCAGGAGCUGGGACUGAACAACGGGAGCUCACCCCGUUGCGGGGAUUCGAACCGCCGACCUUCUGAUCGGCAAGUCCUAGGCUCUGUGGUUUAACCCACAGUGCCACCCAUGUUCCUAAAACAAAAUAUUGCAACCCAAAUAAUGUCCUAAAUAAUUCUGUACUUGUCCAAAUGUUUCCUAUAAAGCACCCAGACCUUUUUUCAGGCAUGCAAAGUAAUAAUAAUAGGAAUAAUAAUAAUUUUAUUAUUUAUACCUCACUCUUCUGGCUGUGUUUUCCCAGCCACUCUGGGCGGUAUACGGCACUGUCUGAUUUAUUUUCAUUAAUUUUACCCCGCUGCUUCUCCGGUCCCAGAUCUUCAGCAUCAGGUGUCUCAAAUGACAACCUGUAAAACAUAGUGGUGAACUGAUGUCUCCCCUGCUUUCAUCUCCUCCCCUUUGUGUGUUUGCUUUAGCCGUCAGGUGAAGACUGAUGAAGGCCGGAAGCUUGCUGAUUCUUGGGGCGCCGUAUUCUUGGAAUCCUCGGCAAAAGAAAACCAGGUACGAUACCUGUUUGUUGUGCUCUUGCACUGGGAGGCAAAGAGAGGAACCGAAUGUGACUUUCUGAUGUCCACAGAAACCUCCCCUUCUUCCCGCGGUUUGAGCAUUGCCAUGACUUUGUUUUUGACGUGGAAUUAGCAGGCGGCCUCUGUUUCAGCUUCCAGAAUUUCAGAACCCCUAUAUCUAGGAAUGGGCAGUUUUCUCACUUAUUCUUUACUACCUGUAAAGCGGGUGGCGCUGCGAUCUAAACCACUGAGCCUCUUGGGCUUGCCGAUCAGAAGGUCGGCGGUUCAAAUCCCCGCGACGAUGUGAGCUCCUGUUGCUCUGUCCCGGCUUCUGCCAACCUAGCAGUGAAAGCACGCCAGUGCAAGUAGAUAAAUAGGUACUACUGUGGCAGGAAGGUAAGCAGUGUUUCCGUGCGCUCUGGUUUGCGUCACAGUGUUCUGUUGCGCCAGAAGCAGUUUAGUCCUGCUGGCCACAUGACCCAGAAAGCUGUCUGUGGACAAGCGCCGGUUCCCUCGGCCUGAAAAUGAGAUCGCCUUUGACUGGACUUAACCAGGGGUCCUUUACGUUUACUCUUCCAUAAGAUAAUUGCAAAGGUAGGUGCAGGUGUAUUCACAAGUGUUUCCAGUUGCAGAAGGGAGACUUGCCCCUGGCCCAGACACUUCACCAAAGAACACAUAAAACAGGGAUAGAGGCCUUGUACAAACCCACCCACCCACCGUGUUGCUGGACUCCCAUAACCACGUCUGUGCUGGUUGGGGCUCAUUGGAGUGGAGCAACAUCUGGCGGCCAAUGGGUUUGCCAUCCUUGCAAACCACAGAAGGAUCCUCGCCAUCCUCAAAAUGUCAGGGACUGGACAGAGGAGGAAUGGUGGGUUUUCUGAACCUUCCCAAGGGCAGGAGGACAGUAUUGAUUUAGAAUAGCGGUUUGCAGAAGGGCAUAGUCCAGAGGGGGAAAGCUGGGAAAUACUGGGUGAGGAGCAGCUCGAAGAGCACUAGGAUUCAGCUGGCAGAUUCAGUGUCCUUGGACUGCAUUCCUGAAGCCCCCCUUAUUAUAAUAAUAGUAAUAAUAAUAAUAAUAAUAAUAAUAAUAAUUUAAAAAAAUAAUAUUUAUACCCUGCCCAUCUGGCUGGGUUUCUCCAGCCACUGUUGGCAGCUCCCAACAGAAUAUUAAAAACACGAUAAAACAUCCCUAAACUCCCCUAAACAGGGCUGCCUUCAUUUGUCUUCUGAAAGUCGGAUAGUUGUUUAUUUCCUUGACUUCUGAGGGAUGGGCAUUCCACAGGGCGAGCGCCACCACCGAGAAGGUCCUCUGCCUGGUUCCCUGUAACCUCACUUCUCACAGCAGGGAACUGCCAGAAGGCCCUCGGAGCUGGACCUCAGCGUCUAGGCCGAACAAUGGGGGUGGAGACGCUCCUUCAGGUAUUCUGGGAUUACCCAUUGUAGGAGUGACAUAGAUUAAUGGGGAUGGUGGGGGCGAGCCUUUACUGGGAGCAACGCCAUUUUAUAGCGUGAUUAUUAAAGAACUUAUCUGGUAAGAACGCUCCUUUUGUUUGGUCUGUUUAAUUCCUGCUGCCGGGGAAGGCAUCCGAUUCCCCGAAGCCUGACAAACGCAGCAGCGUUCCCCUUCUCCUCUUGGGUAACCCAGGUGCGUUUUGCCUUUCUGUGCCUCACAGAUGACCCAAGGUGUCUUCACCAGGAUCAUUGAGGAAAUCGAUCGUGUGGACAACUCCUACGGCGAACAGCGCGGCUGCAUCCUGAUGUGACGAUGCUCCUUUUCCCUGCCGGAAGCCGUUCUGCUGGUGGGAGGGGGGUGUCGCAAGAGUCAGGCCAACUCAGGACAGGCAUCGCAGCUCCCGAGAGGCCCUGAAGAGCAGGUCUGGAAUAGCUUACGGGUAAUCCACACACACAAACACAGUAUACCUCAUUUCUCGUCCUCUAUACAAGACGGCUACGUUUUGCACAUUCGUUUGCUGGAAGCAAUCUGUGUAUGUAUAUGUGUAUAUGUAUAUGUAUAUAUAUAUAUAGAUAUAUAGAUAUGUAUUGCCAAAUGUUUACAGAACCGGGAGGGUGUGGGAGCACAACAGGAUCUAUUUAUGUUUUUUGACGGAGGAGCUCUUCUGUAUAUUUAUAACCGUUUAAUUAAUAGGCGCACAAGUUCACACACAUAGGUGUCUGUUCACUAUUCGGCGUAAAGGGGAGGCAGCGGAAUGUAAGUUUUUGGGUUUUUCAGCUGUGCCUCUUCCAAGUCGUUGCCUUAUUUUUGGCGGGGUGAGAUUUCGGGC